AUAAACAGACGGUGGCAUAAAUGUUACACAGUCCUCAGACCUGUAACUUAGAGCUGAUGAGCAUCAGGUGAAUGUGAGGAGAUUUGAAGAUGAGAUGAUGAUAUCAAAGAACGUGUGAGCUUGUCUUGGAUUAUAUUCUUGGUGAACUCUUAAUGGGAAUACUCAUCAGACAGCCCAUUACGGAAGACUAACAACAUUAAGCAUUCUCUUGUCAGCAUUGACAAGAACUGUACAUACUACUGCAAUCUGAGGAGUGAGCUUUGGUGAGGGCUCCUCCACAAUGAGAGACCGCUUAGAAGAGCUGCAGCAGAAGGCUCGAGAGUUUUCUGGCGCAGCAAGUGAGAAUACCAACCCUUUCUCAGUGGAGGGUGAUAAUGAUGACUCUGUGGUGGUCGGGGUCAUAACGCCACAGGCUGUGGUGUUUGAGGAGGAGCCAAUCAUUGAGAAUUUCUUGUCUGAGGUUCAUCAAAUCCGAGAUGACAUCACAGGACUGGAGAUAGAGGUCCUGAAGUUCACCCAGCAGCAAAAGACCCUGGUGGCGACCAUGCGUCGUUUCAGUGUGAUGAAGAAAGAGAGCAGCAUUACACGAGACAUCAAGCUCCAGGCUGAAAGCCUCCACCGGCGCUUAGAUGCCCUUUCAAAACAGGUCCAAAGAACUGAGGACCAGCAGGGACCUACUGCUGUUACAGCGAGAAUACAGCGCUCCCAGCAUGCAGCACUGUACCUCAAAUUCCAGCAGGUAAUGCGGCAGUAUAAUGAAGGUCUGCUGACAAAGCAGGAGCGGUGUAAGCACUUCAUUAUCCGGCAGCUGGAGGUAUCGGGGAGGGAUGUGGCGGAGGAGGAAGUAAAUGAGAUGGUUGCCACAGGAAAAUGGGAGGUCUUCAAUGAGAACCUGCUGAAUGAUGCCAGAAUCACACGGUCACAACUGUCUGAGAUCGAACAGCGACACAAGGAGUUGUUGAGCCUGGAGAACAAUAUGAAGGAGCUGAGGGACCUGUUCAUGGACAUUUUCAUGCUGGUGGAGGAACAGGGGGCCUACAUCGAACAUAUCCAAACCAAUGUAGAGAGGACACAAGACUAUGUGGCGGCAUCAAAUGAGAAGUUCAAGCUGGCCGCCAGGUAUAAGAAGAAGAACCCAUUUCGGCAGCUGUGCUGCUGCUGCUGCCCUCCCUGGAGGUGCUGCCUAUAACACAUAUGUUUUUCCAUCAAUGGUCAUUCCGAAUAACAUUUUAUUUCAAAAGUCUCACUUACCUGUUGGGAAUAAGCAACUCUGGAUUCAAGUGCCAUUAAAGUGAAGGUUAUGGUACUGCAGUUUUUGAACAGAGCAACAGCGAAGACAGAUUCAGCAGAGCGUAGAAAACAAUUAGGGGGAAAGGCCGGAAUUGGUAUUUGAGGCACUUGUUUCUUUCAAGAGGAUGUGAAGCAACCACUAUUGGAAGAGACAGUUCAGUGAGUGCUACCCACUAACCCGCUGCUUAUUGGAGACCUUCACUGUCAUCUGACAGAGGUCACAAACAAGGGGAGAUCACUGCCUCUGCCACUGCAAGAUCAGCAAGACUGAAAUUUCACAGUUUUUUUCAAAGAGCCUCUCAUCUUUUUUUUUUUUUUUUGGCCACAGGAGCUCUAGUUAAUGAGCGUGUAUUUUUUUUUUUUUUUUUUUUUUUUUUUUUACACAGUAUGCACUUUAAUACCAAUCUAUAAUUUUUCUCUUGUCACUAAAGUGUAACCUAGUGGAGAAAGAUUCUCUUUCUCAGAGAUUUUGAGUCACUACAUAUUCAUUUCAUUUUUGGUCCACAUGCUGAUGAAAAAAGGACUUGUUUUACAAUUAGUCGUUAGUCUCAUUUGCAUUUCAAAGUCUGAUCAUUUUCAGCGAAAAAAAAAGGUUACUAAUUUAUUCAGUUUCACAGAGGCUGGGAUUCACGUAAAACUCUGAAUAACAAGCCUUGAUCAAAAUGUUGCUGUCAUGAUGAAAAAACUACAGGAAAUCAUUGAAGUCAUUUGUUUAAAAAAAAAAAAUAAGAUUUGAAGUCUUACAUUUCAGGAAAUAUUUAAUUUCUCAUGAUGCUUUGUAUUUUGGAGGGCAAAGACAAUUUACAAUUCUGUUGGAGCUGUUACAUGGUUCAGAUAAAAAUUUUUGGCAUCCAUAUGUAUCAUUAUUAUUGAUAUCAUUAUGUUGCACAAAAGGGAAGCAGCUCUUGUCUGAGGGAGUAGCAGCAGUUCUGGCUGAAAUGCUUGGAAUAUGCUGCAUUACUAGACUCACACCUCUUGACAGGUAAUCAUCUCCUGUUUCACCUUUUACUUAAUGUUGAUUUGAAAAUACUCACUCAUUUUCCCUGCAGGGAUAGGGACUAAGUUUUAAUAAAUCAGUCAUUUAUUUCAGGA